AUGCCUCUCGCAAAAGACCUCCUGCACCUCUUUCCCAAGAAGAAGCAUAAACCCAAGAAGAAGUGCCUGGUGCAGAGUCCGAACUUGUAUUUCAUGGAUGUAAAGUGCCCGGAGUACUAUAAAAUCCCCACUGUCUUCAGCCAUGCACAAACAGUGGUUCUCUGUGUGGGAUGCUCCACUGUGCUCUGUCAGCCUACUGGAGGAAAGGCAAGACUCACAGAAGUAUGCUCCUUCAUAUGGUAG